UCUGAGUGAAGUGUUCAAGCGCGUCGCGUGAGUGUUGAUGUCGCUCUUCGUUGCGCGCUAAAUGAGUUACUAUGCGCGUUCCAGUGGACCAGAUUUGUUUGAAACAAUCUCUUAAAUGCCCAGUCAUGUGGCUUGCGUAGUGACGGUGUGAAUCCAUGGGAUUUUUAUGACUGUUACUUGCUGUAUUAAAUGUUUUCCUUGUGACACUAAGUGGAACUAUACAAUAACACAUGUGUAUUGUUCGUACCAAAAGCACUCGAGCUAAAUACGCUCGAGCUAAAAUAAUUCUGUCAGAGUCGAAAAGGUUUUUUUUUCGUACAUGCGUGAACAAACGUAUGUAUUUUUACGCUGUGAUUGUUGUACCAGCUAACACUAAAAUUUAUGCUUCAUCCUUCAAAUGUGAAAAACAAGAUCUGCUUGAAGUCGAGAUGCAAUCCGGUGUACUUCAUGAGGAAUGUGAACUGUGACGUGUGUUGGGUUCGGUAAACAAAGGAAGCCAAGACUAUUCAUAGUGGAGGUGAUAUACUUUCAAUGCUGUCAUCGAAGUAAUACAGGUUCCGAGGACCCUUCGUAGCUUACGAAGAGUGGCUCUGUCCCAAGUCUUUCGACUUGGAAAGGGAAAAUGAAUGUCAUUGCGGAAGUAUGUCGUCGUCCGGUACGACAUGUGUCAGCAUUGUACAUCACAAUCGCAAUUGGAUUGCUGCUGCCUGUCAUCCCCGCCGAGGACGCCGAAGACACCCGCGAGGGCGAAGACGUAACCCUGAAAUGCCGAUUUCCGCCCCAGGUGGGCGCGCUUGCGCCGACCUUCUUCUGGGUGCGCAACAACAAGCACAACCAGCACGACAACGUGGCCAUCCAGCAAAACCCGCUCGACGCCUAUUAUCGAGUGGAUUUCAAGCCGGAGCAGGGCCGCUACGACCUGCUCAUCAGCAACGCCAGCUACGAGCGCGACAACGGCCUCUUCGCGUGCUACGUGAAGGAGGCGGGCUCGGGCCAGGACCUGCACUCGCAGGCGUUCGCGCUGACGGUAUUGACGCCGCCCGGCGCGCCGCGCGUGCUGCCCGGCCCCACGCCCACGCUCACGGAGGGCAAGAGCGCCGAACUCACGUGCUCCAGCACGGGCGGUAGCCCCGACCCCGACAUCAAGUGGUACAAGGCCGGCAGCGAGUACCCGCUGGACGCCGAGCUGCGGCCAGGCAACUCGCGCGACGCGCCCACGGCCGCCGUGCUGCGGGUGACGCCGGCGCGCGGGGACGACGGCGCCGCCUACCGCUGCGUGGUGUGGAACCGCGCGCUCUCCGACGGCUCGCACCUCGUCACCAACGUCACGCUCAACGUCAACUACUUCCCGCGAGUGAAGGUGGGCCCGGAGAACCCGCUGCGCGUGGAGCGCGACGCGCCCGUCACGUUGCAGUGCGCCGUGGACGCGAAGCCGAAAGUGAGCUCGGUGCGCUGGAGCCGCAACGGCCGCUUCGUGGCCACGGCGCUGCAGCACACCAUCUCGCGCGUGGCCGUCAAGGACGCCGGCACGUACGUGUGCAGCGCCGACAACGGCCUGGGCCAGGCGGGCGAGGCGGAGCUGUCGCUCGAGGUGCUGUACCCGCCCGAGGUGACCGUCGACAACGGGUCGGGGGCGUCCAACCACCGCGAGGCGGAGGAGGGAGAGACGCUGGUGGUGAGGUGCAACGUCUCCGCCAACCCGCCGCCGGUCACCGUGGAGUGGCUGCGGGAGGACCGGCCGGACUUCCGGCAAACGGGCAACCAACUGCUCAUCGGCCGCGUCAGCGCCGAGGACGUGGGCUCGUACACGUGCAGGGCGGUGAACGUGCUCAACCCCAGCGCGCAGGGCCACCCCGUGGAGAAGGUGGGCAACGCCUCGUUCGCGCUGCUGGUGCGCCACAAGCCCGGGCGUGCCGUCAUCAGCCCGGACAAGCCCGUGGUGUCGGAGGGGGCGACGGUGACGCUCACGUGCGCCGCCAGCCCCCCCGGCUGGCCCGCGCCGCUCUUCCGCUGGUGGCGCGACGGCGACGGCGUCUUCUCCGCCGGCUCCUCCGCCGCCACGCAGGUGCUCGCCACCGGCGCGCAGUACGUCAUCAACCCGGCGCAGCUGGGCAACGAGGGCCAGUACCACUGCCAGGCCACCAACGAAAUGGGGCACGGGGAAGUGGCCUCGGUCAUGCUGGAGGUGCAUCAAGCCCCGAGGUUCAUCAACAAACUCCCGUCUCACUACACUCGCAGGAAGGGAGAUCCAGGUGCUUUUGUACAAUGCAGUGCUCAAGGGAAACCAAAGCCUUCCAUCAAGUGGAUAAAAGAUAGUACAGAGUUGACUGCAGAUCAAGACACCCUAGAAAUUACCACCGAAGAAAGUGAAUCAGGACACAAUGCAGUUUUCACAGUACAAAGUACUCUUCAUUUUGUUGGGUCAAAACGACCAGGAGCAAAUCAGUUAUUACCUAGUGAUCGCGGUGUUUAUUCUUGUGUAUUUGAGAAUGAAGUAAAACGAGUUGAAUCCAGUAUGCAACUUCUUGUCGAACAUGGCCCCAUAGAACUUCAUCAGUACAAUAAAGUUGCUUAUGAUCUUCGGGAAACUGCAGAGGUUGUUUGCCGAGUGCAAGCAUAUCCUCGACCAGAAUUUGAGUGGAGCUUUGGAACUACCUCAUCUCCUCUGCUUACUAACGGGGGUCAUUAUGAAAUAAAUACAACCAGUGAAGGUCAUGAUAUAUACACCAGUGUUCUGAAGAUAGCAAAUCUCCAAGAUGUGGAUUAUGGUGAUUACUAUUGCCGAGUUUCCAACAGUUUAGAUUCCAUCAAACCUGCAAUACGACUACAGCGUAAGGGUCCUCCAGAACGUCCAUUAUCUAUAAGCACCCCAGCAAUAGGUCCUAACUUCGUCACAGUAAAAUGGGAACCUGGAUUUGAUGGUGGACUACAGAAUACAAAAUUUUUUGUGUCAUACAAGCAACUUACUAACUUUGCUGGUGGUAAGAGCUCUGAAGAUUGCAGUAGCGCAAAUCUUGGCAGGAGAAAUAAUGGCGAUGAAUGGCAGGAAUUUGAAUGCCUGAGAAACAACCCGUGCAAUGUGUCAGGGCUGGAACAGCAUCAAAGCUACGUGUUUAAGGUGAAAGCUUUCAACAGUAAGGGCCACAGCAAUUACUCUGAUGAAAUCAAAGCAACAACUACAGUUGAUCAAAUUCCUACUCCUCGCCAGGUUUUGUUUAAUCCAAAUUCACAUAUGCUCCUCAUCAGUACAGCCAGCACUUGUUUGCAAUUAGUAGCUGUGGUGGAAGCUGGAGCGGAAACAAUUAAUGGUGAUUUAGAGUGGUUUUCAGUUGGUGAACCUCUAAAAAUGCUUGUUGGUAUGCCUUCAACAUACAAGGAGAAAAUUUCAUUAGUUCGCCGAAACAGUAUUCCACCUGGUUCUAGUGGGAGAUCAUUGGAUGAAUUAGGUGAUGGCAUUGUUCCACAAACAUCAAUCUCGAAUAAGAAUUUGCAAGUGCGAGUAAAAUUAUGUCUUAUAACAGAAAUGAAUCUCUGCAGUUCCUAUAUUGUAGCUGAUGUGAAUCCCUCAUCUGUAAUGGAAGCUGGUGCAUUAGCAAUGCCUACCCUAAUUGCUAUAAUUGUGUCGUGUGUUGUAUUUGUGUUGUUUUUGGGUCUACUCUUUAUUUUCUGUCGCUGUAAGAAAAAUCAAAAUAACAAAGGAAGUGGCAAGGAUUAUGAAAUGGAAACGUCAACUGUGCAUCCUAGUUUGGUCUCACAACAACCGCCUCCUCCCUAUUAUCCAUCAUCAGGAAUGGAAAAUAAGGCUUUGGAACAUUCACUUGACUUGGCUUUAGAUGACGCAGCCAAGAAUCCAGUAUAUGCCUCCCAAAAUGGGUAUGGUUACCAUGGGAAUCCUCCUAAUCGAGGAGCUCAAGGACAUCCCAUCAAUGGAGGGAUCAACAUGGGUUACAUGGAUAACAGUUAUUCAAACUCAAACAAUGGUGGGUCAGUUAAUUCUCAAGACUCGCUUUGGCAGAUGAAAAUGACUGCUUCCAAUAAUAAUGCAAAUGGUUCAAAUGAUCAUCAUCAUUCGUAUGGAUAUGAUCCUCUUACACAUGGAGGAUAUGGAACUGUUGAUGAUUAUGCCUCGUAUCCCCACAUGGGAAAUGGUAGUCCAACAGAUACUGAUUAUCAUCAAGGUCAACAUGGAAGUAACAACCCAAGUCGCCAGGAUUAUAGUACUGACCCAUAUGCUGCAGUUCAUAAAUCAAAGAAAAGGAUAGAUCAGCAUUUAGAUUCUACUUAUCAUGAUGUGAGUGGUUUGCCUGAUCCAUAUAUGGAUCCUUUGGACUGUGAUGAUAACAAACCACAACACAUUUCUUUGUCUUUUGACGAGAGCCUUGAGAGUGGUUACUCUACACCUAACUCACGUAAUCGUCGAGUCAUUAGAGAAAUUAUCGUGUGAGAUCUUCCUAGUGAUUUCAUCAGAACACGGACCUUUUUGGUCAGUUUACAUUUCAGAAAUGAAUGCAUACACACCCAUCAUUGAGAUUUUCUCUACUCUUUAGCUAGUAUGAGAAAAACUUGCCAUGUCAUUCCUAGUUAAUUAGUGCUACGAAAGUUUUAAGACUUCACUUUCAUGAAUUUUAUGUGACAGAUCAAAGAAUAUUUUUCCUAGGUAUGUAUAUGUCUUUAGAUGCCAUGUAGCAGUCUUUGUAAUUGUUUGUCAUUCGUUCUGAGACAAUCAUAUCUAAAAUUCCAAAUAAUGAAAAUGUUGAGAUUGAAUGGGAAUCUCAAGGUUUGCAACACACAUGUUUAUUAUUUUUAUUAUUAUUAUUAUUUUUUUAUUAUUAUUAUUAUUAUUAUUAUUAUUAUUGGUGACAAUAUAUGAUAAUCUCUUUAUUGCUCAUGAUAUGUACAGAUGUUUUAUAAUACCGUAUUGGUAUCAUUUCAUAUAAUGUGGAUGUGGCAGUAUUUUUUCCUGCCACAAGAUGAUGUGGUUGGUAAUAGUUUUAUUUAUUAAUUCAUACUUAAUAUUGCCAUACAUGGACUUGACAUAGAAAACGUUUCGUUCCUGUUUUUGUGUAAAUUAUCUUUUUCACUGGAAAAUAUUUAUGCAGCAUUCUAUUGUGGCAGAAUCUAUGAAUACUCACACGCUAAUGUCAAGAAAUCCUGCAUUUUUUUAAAUUUCAUUGAAAAGUUACUGAAUUGUGAAGCAGUUUUCUAAAAACAAUAACAUUAAUACUAAUUAUUUACUUGGAGAAUAAAUAGUGCAAUGGGAAACAUGAAUGCUACAGGCACAUAUAUUUGUGAAAUUUCUCAUGCAUUGUGUACUCUGUGGACCCAUGCCAUGCUUAUGAAAAUAGAUGUAUUCGCAGCUGAAACAAGUAAGUAGUGAAAAUCUUGUUUUGUUUUUGGAAGAAUGUAAAUUCUGUUUUAUGUCUUAUCAAUAUCACCUGCCAGACAUCAUUCAGUAGAACUCAUUUAAAUUAUGAAAUGUCAUUUAGAAAGUAAACAUUUUUUAGUAUUACAAAAUAAAGUAGAGAUUGUUGAACCAUUUUUAUUCGAAAUUUGCAAGAAGCCUCAUACUACUUUUCUACAUGAUGUCCUGUAAAUUCAUAUACUCGUCUUAAUGUAGUAUCCAGUUUUUCUAGUUCUUCAUAAACUUCUGCCACCAAAGUGUUUAACCACUAAACAGAAAAAUGAUAAAACAGUGUUCAUCAUUGUGCAUGUUUUUUUCUUUGUGGUUAAACAGUACACCAAUUUGUCACUCUCUCACUGUACACUUUGCUCAUAUGCUGAUAAAUUUCAGUACAAUCAUUUUUGCACUCAAGAUCUGAAUGACACUAAGACCUUCAUAUUUGGUGGCACUCGCUAUUCUAUCACAAACUUUUGUAGAUUGAAGCACAUAAAAGUACUUCUGAUCAUUGACAUCACAACAUGGCUUAAUUCAGUCUGAGCUUGUACUGGAGGGUAUUUGAGGAUGUGACGUGCACAUGUAACAGUCAAGUGUACAUUUUAUCCUGGAUCACCCUUGUAGGCUGAAUUUACUUUGUAUUUUAUUUACUUUGCAUUCUUAUAUGUGCUAUUUAAUUAUCUUAAUUUGUUGUAAGAGAAAUUAGUUUGAAAGUGGUGUGUGUGAGUAAAGAAGCAUUGAUCCAAAGAUUAUUUGCAAAAGAGUUUGGAAACUGCAGAGUAGUUCGUUUUUUACAGUAGUUUACUUGAUCACGACUCUUCUUCUGUGAAUGAAUUUAAUUGUUGUGUUAACAUGGAAAAGCAUGAAAGAUACAAAAAGUCAAAAGUUAGUUUUGAGAUAGAUGAUAUUAAAAGAACCCAUGCUCAUUGAACAGUAAAAUCUGUAUGUCAGUAGAAAUAGGUUGUAUUUGGCAGCUUUUCAGAGAUAAAUGUGAGGCAUUAGACAUUAGUGUUGAGGGCUUUGGUACAUAUUCUGUUUGUCCUGUAAAAUUUGGAACUUACAUGCUCAGUUAUGGAUUCAGAGACAAAUUUUGGGAGGGGAAAUUAAAAAUGUUUUGGUCGAAUAUGUCAUUACUAGGGGAUGGAUUUUGAAGACCUAAAACAUUGCCAAAAAUGAUCAAUAAAAUGCUCUUAAAAUAUUUUUAAAAUGACCCCCCAAAAAGGAAAAAUGACCUAAAAAAAUUGAUGAAAACCACUUAAUAUGAACAACUCAAACUUUUGGGUAUAUUACUUAUGUAAUUGAGGCUUCUUCCUUUUAUUCCAGUGAACUCAGCCUACAAACUUUUGGUUUGGACGGUUCUUUAAAAGAGAAUCUCUGCCUUCAUUUAUCGUGAAAUAGGCCGAACUGGCAAUGUCACCGAUAGGUCACAGGAACCGUAUAUUACACAGUACUCAACUGACAUUGCCAUAUAGGAGAAAAGAAAUUGGAGAGGCUACUCAGGAAUUCUGUGGUGAACAUUUGUUGCACCUUGUAAAUAUUGUUAGAGCAAGUAUCAUUAAAAUGAUAUUAAAAUCGAUGAAAUCCAUGAAAAAUGUUUUAUAAGUUAUGUAAAAAGGAUAAAAAUUACUUAUUAGAUAAAAUCAAUGAAAAAUGCAAAACAAGACACAAAAAUGGGUCACUUCGUUUUGUCAUAACUUAAAAUGAAUUUCUAUGCUAAACGGCAUUGUUCUAAAGUGAAAAGGAAAAAGAUGACAUUUCAUUAAAAUCUGCCCCCUAGUCAUUACAUAUUUUGUAAAUGUUGCAGGCUACACUCAGUUCAUGCUGCAAUACGAUUUUAUUCGUUUUAAUGAUUAUCCAUAAAUAUUUGUGAUUGAAAAUUUUGUGACAAGUUAAAAUUAUAGUUACUGAAUAAUUGUAGGAAGAAAAAUUUCCCUCAUUUUCCUUCUUGUGGAUCCAUGCCUGCAUGCUUUUCGAUAAUUUGACGAACAUGCUUUUCCAUGUCAACGCCUCAAUUGUCAUUGCUAGAAGGCUAACAAAUAACUUUUCCUAACUGUCAGAGAGUUCUUAAUUUUCAAACUUUAUUUAGAGGUUUGUAUAUAACAUAAAAAUGAUUUAUUGUAUGAAGACAAAAUAUCUCAUACUUCAAUAGAUGUUAGAAUAUUGAGACAAAUGUAAAUGGAGAAACAUCUUUUCAGAAAUAACUCUUUGAUUCUGAAUUUACCAAGGUCUUCAAAUACACACAUCUCAUACUUCAUGCACUCCAGGACUACGAGAAUGACAUUCCUGCCAUAGGUCAUUGAUUUAAAACAGCUUAUGGAGUCAUGUUAUUGUUACAAGUUUAAAUUUUUAUUCAAUAUUUCACAUUCACAUACUUUUCCUAUAACUUAAAAAUGGUUAUAUUUAUGAAUUCCUACAAAAUUAAAUUAUCGUUAUUUUGUGAUCCUUGGUCAAAUGAAAUCUAAGCAGUUGAAAGUGUUUUUUAUUAUGAAUACUUUAAAAGAUCUAAUUGUAGUAUUUAAUUACUCUGCAUGUGUCGCAAAGAAUGGAAUGUGCUGAACGAAAAUAUACUAUAUUGUCAGGCAUUUAAUUGCAAUUAUUAGGAAGACAUUUUUGCAGUGUAUUUUGUUCCUUAUAGGUUACAAUGAAUUUACUGUAAAUUAAGAAUUUUAAUCUGUACUGCCAAAUUAAGAAUCUUAAUUCUGUACCAACACAAGUGCUUGUACUUGUGUUGGUACAGAAUAUGGAAUCUUCCUUAAGAUAAAUGAGCAAAGGUGGAAGUAAUUGUAAGACUGGAAUCUGGAAGUGAAAGAGCAUAUUUUAAUUGUGCCUGUGCCUCAUUGAAUAAACUAUAGAUUGUAAUGAUUAUUCUCUGCUGCUAAAACAAACUCACAUAUGGAUAAGAAAAUCUCGAAGAGAGAAUUGAACAAUUUGAAUUAAUAAAAUACAUUUGUUACAUAGUAACACAGCCACAUCAUAGGAAACAUUUACUGUGCAGAACAUCUUUCUGACAUAAUUGCCUGUCCUAAAUGGUGAUAGGGUGGUGACAAUUUAUUAUUAUAUUAAAUUAAAAAUUAUCAGAUCAAAUAAUUUGAAAGGUUGGAUCAAAAGUUCUAUCAAUGCUGCCAUAAUUUGUAUUUUGCUUAGAGUUAAAUAUGUAAUUAGUGUUACAUUUCUUCAAUGUAAUCUCCCCUAUAAGUAUGACCUUCUGCCACAUUUGUGGAAAGUGUGUCGAUUUCCCACAGAUACCUCCCUAUGACUUGUGUUAUUACUUCUCUGGAGUCCUAGUAGCAAAUUGUUUUGUAGAAAGAGAUUGUAUAUAUUAGGUGAAUGUGGCAGAUAUUGCAGUAGCUCCUUUGGACAGUUAUGCAGGAAGUCCGUGACAUUUUUAGCAUUGUAAUAUUGUGAUUAGUCAUAAAGAUGCUCUGAAAAAUAGAUUUAUCAUUUUCUUCUUUGUUGGAGUCCCUGAGGCACUGCCCCAAUUGUACAUAUGGCCAUACUUACAAAACCAAUUAAAGAAAUGUAGUUAGUAAACGGGGCAAGAACCAAAUUGCCAUACAUGCAAGCUAGUUUUCACUAUGUAUUUUAAAUUAUCGUGUAAAAACCAGUCAUCUUUUUUGCAGUGCCAAAUUUAUUUCCUUUAAUCCUUUGACUCAACUGAUUUUAUUUGUCUAAUAUUUUAUAAAACUACAGAGAGAAUUUUGGACACAGUGUGGGAAUAUUUAAAGAUCUUUCCAAUCACUUAAAUUUCUUGAACUUAAUGGAUAUAGAGAGUUUAGUAGUAGUUUGUAAGAUUUAAAGCAUUGCCAUGUGUCACUAUGUGUUCUAGUUUUAGCAUAAUAAAAAGAAGAGGAAAUAAUUCAGAUACUUGAUGAUGUAAGCAAAUAUUAUUAAAAAAUAAAUUGACCAAAAUUUUGCUAAAUUAAUGACUUCUGCAAGUACAUCAACAUAUCUCUUUUGAAUCUUGUAGUAUACAUCUUUCCUUUGACUGGAAUUGUUGAUGUGGAGUGAUUUUAAUUUUCCUCUUGUCAAUAAUACAUACUUAAAAAAUCUGAUUCUUCAUUUUAACAAAUUUAAUUGCAUUUUAAUGAAUCUAUUAGUCAUUUAGAAACUUAGAUGUACAAAAAAUUGAGUAUAUGUAGCCUCUGUUGAAAAACUGAUCACAAAUUAGUUGACAUAAUUAUUGCUGGAAAACAUAUGUACAUGUGCAAACUUCCCCCAAACAUUAAAUUUCCAAGUUUUUACUUACUUCCAAUGAAGCAAUUUUUAAGUUAUUAUAAGCUAAUAACUUAAUAUUGAUAAAUCUUUUAUGAUGUUAUUCUGUUUGAUAAUUAGACAAAUUAAAUCAAUCUGAGCCAAGUGUUUAAAGACUUUUUUGGGAAGGGAGGGGGACACUGGUAUGCAUAAUUGUUAGAGCAUCCAAUUUUAUUGAAAAAGAAAAGUAUUCAUUUGGUACAUUAACAUGAUAAAUUUUAUGUGUUAUACAAAAGUAUAGUAAAAUGUGUCGAUUCAUUUCUCUUACGUUCCAUCCAUAAACUGCAAUAUAUGUUGAUUCCUGUAAUGCAUAUUAGCAAAGAUUUUACUUUUGCUUUGUUAAUUUCUUUUGUUACAAUGAUAAACUUCAUAUUCUCUCAGAUGAUUUAAAGAAGUGCUGCAAGAAUUUCUUUUAAAUCCUUAGAAAGUACUCUUACUUAAAAGACUUUGCCAGCAGCAUGGUGCAAGAUUGUUAUAAACUGUCCCAAUUAUUAGAUUAGCAAAAGUAUUUUGCCACUUCUCUGACAUUGUUGAGUAGUUUGAGUUCAGAUUGCAAAAGCAUUUUCAGAUAUUGUGAUUUAAUUUUCCACCCAGUUUCAUGUGAAAUAUCUCAUAUAUAUCAGUGAAGUUCAGUUUCAUCAUUUUACUUAAAAGCUUUCGGUACUUCUGGUGAAAAACUUAACAG